AUGGAGUUCUACAUCAACGACAUGCUGGUCAAGUCCCUAGAGGCGGAGGACCAAAUAUCUCACCUACAGCAGGCCUUAUCCACCUUCCGGAAGUACAACAUGAAGCUCAAUCCAGCCAAAUGCUCAUUCGGGGUCAGCUCUGUCUCCGAACACGCCGUGAGCACCGUCCUAGUCCGCGAGGAGGGAAACAAGCAGCUACCAAUCUAUUACGUAAGUAAGGCUCUCUUGGACGCGGAAACCCGCUAUAGCCAUCUAGAGAAGCUGGCCUUAGCCCUGAUAGUCACCGCUCGCAAGCUCCGACCCUACUUCCAGGCUCAUCCAAUCGUGGUUGUUACUUCCUUCCCUGUAAACUUUGUCGUCCACAAACCAGAAGUUUCCGGACGCCUAGCCAAAUUGGCUGUGGAACUAGGGGAGUACGAUGUAAUAUUUCGACCUGCCACGGCUAUAAAGUCACUGGUCCUAGAGGACUUCGUGGCUGAACAACGCCCUGCCAUGCUCCCAGCUUUGGAGCAGGAGGUACGCCUCCGAGGCGAAACUAAGGAAGAGGGAGAAUGGAUCCUGCACGUUGAUGGAUCCAGUAACGUCAGAGAAGUUGGAGUGGGAAUAGUGCUUACCUCGCCAAUGGGGAACAAAGCCUCAAGGGCCGUAAGAUGCAACUUCAAAGCAACCAACAACGAAAGUGAGUAUGAGGCCCUAAUAGCAGGUCUAACCCUCGCCCACCAAAUGGGGGCAGAGAACAUCCAGGUCUUCGGCGAUUCCCAGCUGAUAAUCAACCCGGUACAUGGAGAGUACCAAGCAAAAGAUGACAGCAUGAUCCACCACCCUGGAGGAACCUCCGUCAGAGGAGGUCUCCACCGUCAAAGAAGGCGAAACAUGGAUGACCCCCUAGUCCAGUACCUGGAAGCCGACAUCCUCCCGGAAGAUCGCAGGUAG